CGCAUCCGAGUUCUUCCUCUGCCGUCCUCUCGACAUGGCCCAGAAGGGACGCUUUGCCGCGCUCUUGAUGCAUGGGCGCAGCCAGUCAUCUCAACCGCUGCUACCCUCUCCCUUGGGUGACCGGGACUGGUUGGAUUCCCCUCCCAACCCCAAGGCCGUAGGCACCAUCUCCCGCCGACGCCUGGUUGCUAUCCUUGCGUCACUGCUGAUCCUCCUUUCGAUCGGCGCUUUGGCCUUCUCGUACGCCAGGACAGGCUACCAGAGAGCACGCAUCAUCAGCCAGGCGUGUCCCUCCACCUCGAACAAUUCCCUCCUAGUGGACGAGGAGCAAUAUGUGCUGGGACCACCUACGGAUCGCUUCCGUGACAACCUGCGGAACGAUACGAGAUAUAUAACAUCCUGGGUCGCUGCUGGAUGGACGAACGAUGUCAUGACAUAUGCCAAUCUAGUCUAUCUUGGACUGAUCACAGAUCGCGUGCCGGUCAUUCCGCCGUUUGUACCGUCGCACAUCGGUUCCGACGUUCCGCCCAUUGCCUUCGGGGAGGUGUUCGACGUACCUCGGUUGCGUCAAGCAGUGGGCCCUAUCGUUGAAUGGCACGAGCUCAAGAAACCGGAGAGCUCCGAACUCGAAGACAUUGGCUGCUGGAAUAUCUGGCAGGCCGUCCAGUUCGAUGCGGACUCUCCACGGUACAGUGUAGUACCAUCGUGGCUCAAUCUAGAUAUAUCGUACACACGCGCUCCGGAUUGGGUCAAGAUGUUCCCGCAGUUUGAGAACGACCCUCAUGCCAGUUUUUGGUCCCUGGCUACCCUGAGUUUCCCUGAGACUCGCGCGACGAGCCUCGGAGAUACCCAACCUUCGCCCCAACAUCACGCCAGUCUGGAACCUGACGAACAUAUUACGUGCUAUGACUAUCUCUAUUAUACCAGCGUUCAUCAGCCGUACGAAUGGGAAACGGACUACGCUCCGCAGUGGCGCGAAGUGGCAACGCACUUUAGGUGGAACCCGAGGCUUCAGGACAUCGCAGACUACUAUCUGCGUGUCACAUUCGAUGUCUUGGAUGGUGAAGACUUGCCACCGUACAUUGCGAUACACGCCCGACAUGGAGAUUUUGGCGUAUAUUGCGAAGAUAGGCCCAAAGCUGACUGUUUCGCCCCGUUGUCUGCGUUCUCUACAAGAGUUCAAGAGAUACAGCUGGAACUGAUGGAGCGCAAAGGCAUUGAAGUUUCGCGAGUCGUUAUGACAAGCGACGAAACGGAUCCUGCAUGGUGGGAUGACGUCGCCGCGUUGGGGUGGUACAGAGUGGAUCACGAUGCCCUUCGCACGGUCGAAACUUAUAGCAAAUGGUAUCCUGUUCUCAUUGACGCAGUGGUUCAGUCGUCGGGUCAGGGUUUUGUUGGCACCGCAGCAUCAACUAUGUCGGUGUUGGCAUGUCGGCGGGUGGAAGAUUGGCAUCACGGUUCGACGAGAACAGUCCGAUGGGGAACCCUUGACGCGGAUUCACAUUGACAGUGCUACUUCCGAGAUAAACGGACACCACCCGACACGGACCAAUCUAUGUACGAUGUUGUAUCACUCAUACUGUACCUGAUGAGCGACUGCUCACGCCUCAACGAAUUGCUCUGUUGACGCGUCAAGUAUUGUACUACAAGUGUCCCCAAGAUUCCCGACUGCGGUUUCGUUACCUGAGCUUGCUCUGGUAUCUCCCUGCCCGUAAUUAGUACGCAUCGCUAACCGUGGCUGUGUUACGCCCCAAUUUGAU